ACGCGGAUGCAGAGCCUGCAGCCCGAGCCGGGGGCGCGUUACCGUAACGUGAUGGACGCRCUACGUCAGAUCGUGCGUACCGAGGGGGUGUGGCGACCUGUGAGGGGACUGAAUGUCAUGGCGAUAGGGGCGGGGCCAGCCCAUGCUCUGUACUUUGCCUGUUAUGAGAAACUCAAGUUCUCACUCAGCAACGUGGUCCACCCGGGAGCGAACAGCCACUUUGCUAAUGGAAUGGCAGGCUGCAUGGCCACUGUACUCCAUGAUGCAAUCAUGAACCCAGCAGAAGUGGUGAAGCAGCGUAUGCAGAUGUACAACUCCCCGUACCGCGGCGUGUCUGACUGCAUGGGCUCCAUCUGGAGGCGCGAGGGCCCCGGGGCCUUCUACCGCUCCUACACAACGCAGCUGACCAUGAACGUCCCCUUCCAGGCUCUCCACUUCAUGACCUACGAGUACCUCCAGGAGCUGCUCAACCCCCACAGACAGUACAACCCCUCCUCUCACGUCAUCUCCGGGGCGCUUGCCGGGGCCAUUGCCGCCGCCGCCACCACCCCGCUGGAYGUCUGUAAGACCCUCCUCAACACCCAGGAGGCCCUAGCGGUCCAUGCCGAGGUCCCAGGAGCGCUGGAGGUUGGAGCGAGUGUAGGGACGGCGUCGGCCACUGGGGGGCGCCGCAUCUCGGGGUUAGGGGAGGCGUUCCGGACUGUGUACAGGAUGGGGGGCGGGGCGGCGUUCUUUAAGGGCGUCCAGGCCAGGAUCAUCUAUCAGAUGCCCUCCACCGCCAUCAGCUGGUCCGUCUACGAGUUCUUCAAAUACGUCAUCACCAAGCGCCAGUACGAGAGAAGGCUGCACCACCGAGACGGAGAGAAGUAGAGAGGGAGGGACGACCUUCACUCAAAAUGUCCCCCAAGGAACCCACCCCCAUAGAGAUGUACUAGAGAGCUCAGCUCCUAUCUUUGGGCCAAGUUCCCCCUCCAUCUAACUCUAUAACCACCCCACAGUAACCCCACCUCUGACCAUUUGACCUCUGACCUUCUAAACUAACCAGGAAAUAAAAGCCCCUCCCCCUAGUGUUUUUGACUAGAAGAGAUACAGCUUUUGUCAAAAUUCACCUUACACAGCAGAUUUAGAACUUACGCAGCAGGUUAGGAGAAUUGCCGUAGAAGUUUAGGAGAAUUAGGUUAAGGUAAGGAAAAGUGUAAGGGUUAGCAAAAGUGAAGUUUUGUUUUUUGUUGCCAAAAGCUGUGUCCCAUCUAUACCUGACCUCCUCUUAUCCCCUCACAUAGGAGAACAAGUCCCCAUCUUUSACACAGUUUAUUAUAGGCAUACUGUACAUGGCACUUUAAAUCAAAUAUACACUCACUGGCCAGUUUAUUAGGUACACCCAUCUAGUACCGGGUCAGACUCCCUUUGCCUCCAGAACAGCCUGAAUUCUUUGGGGCAUGGAUUCUACAAAGUGUUGGAAACGUUAUUUUCUCAAUUGGUAUCAAGGGACCUAAGGUGUGGCAGGAAACAUUCCCCACCAGUACACCACCGCCACCAGGCUGUACCGUUGACACCAGGCAGGAUGAGUCCAUGGACUCAUGCUGCAUACGCCAAAUUAUGACUCUGCAUCAGCUUGACGCAACAGGAACCGGGAUUUGUCAGACCAGGCGAUGUUGUUCCAUUCCUCAAUUGUCCAGUGUUGGUGAUUGUGUGCCCACUGGAGCUGCUUCCUGUUGUUUUUAGCUGAUAGGAGUGGA